CACACUCUCUCUUGGAUUACAUCUUAGGGAAUAUUACGUGUUUGGUUUUACGGAGACGCACAUACAGCUGGAGUCAACAUGGGGAGUAGCAUGUCAUGCGUCCCUCAACAUAACCUCACGUUCUCAAGCAAGAGUUUCAUACGCCGGAACAGCAGCAGACUGUUCCGGAAGAAGAACCCACAGGAGGGGCAGGAGAAGUCAAAUAGCAUCAUCAACAUUCUCUGCACUGUCACCCCGAGGAAGGAAAUGUCACCUAAAGAUCUUCAGGCGAUAGAGAAUAUCAAGUGGGAGCCUCCGUUUCCCUACGACCCAGCCAGCGGCUGGAAGAAAAGCAGUAUCAACGUGAAGAACUAUGGCAGGAUGGUCCACAGCUCCAAAGUGCACUUCCGCUUUCUCCACUGCCAGGAUGUGCAUGACUGCUACUUGGAUCUGUUCCAAACGCACCUUCACUUUGUCUCCAACAACACUACUGGGCUCACCUACCAGGGGACACUUCCUCUAAAAGAGCUCACUCUUUCCAAGGUGCAAAACAGAAACAGCUUUGGAGAUCCACAGGAUUUUGCAUUCCAGAUAAAUGGUGUGAGCUUGAACCCCAUUGUCGUCUACUGCUCGAGUCAGGAGGACAUGGACAAUUGGUUUGGUCUCCUAAAGGAGCACAUAAAGGCUAACGGGGGCAACGCUUUCGCACCGGAGACCUGCAGUAGGCUCAAGGCCCAGAAUCCAGAGCUGUCCACCGAGGGGAAAGAGGAACUGCGGAAUUCCAUUAGUAAAGAACCCAUCUAUGAGUGGGAAGGCUCACAGCGAGACAGUCUGGGCCAGAUCACCUACGUCACUAAAGUCAGACUGCAACAUCUUCCCUGCCAGGAACAGGAUGACAGACUGCUGGUGAUGUAUCCCAACUAUCUCAUUAUACUGUCAGAGGAGAGAAAUGGUCUCUUCUACAAGGGAAAACUUCCACUUAACAUGAUUCAAGUGACCACCCCAUGUCAGGACGUGAAGCCAAACACCUUUAUGAUUGAAGGAAAACUGAUCAAUCCCAUCGUCGCGUCGUGUCUGAACACGAGCGAGUUCCGUGACUGGAUCCAGCACUUCAAAGCGGCGGACGUCCCUGUUCUCAGCCCUCCACCGCCUGUCUACGACAUCAUCUACACGCCCACCCAGAGAGAGACCCCUGAGCACAGAUGGAGCGGCGUGAGUCCAGGGAGUGUCGACCCUGCGCAGCAGAACGCCCGCGUGUCUCGGGAGCUCCAUCUGCCCCACGCGGGUGGCGACCCAUUUACCCCCGGUUACUCCGAGCCUAUCUGUUACAUUUCCAGCAGACCUACCUCUGUGGAGACGCAGUACUCGGCAUGGCUGGGCAGCCGGAGCAACAGCGUGUCAUCCCAAGCCAGGUCCGAGCUGCGACCCCCAUCGCAGCGCUACCCCUCAUCUCAGCAGGCUUCCUGCCUGCCCUCAGAUGGGCGUGCUUCCCCCAUCUACAACACUCCGUACCCAGGCACGCACCGCCACGUCCCCGCGCAGCGUCUGGAGAGGGCGCCACUGGUCAAGUCCAACAGCUGGAGCACUCCACCAAACUCCCUGAAGUAUUCCCUGUCGGCUCCGCAACGUCACUCCGACCUCCUGGCCGCCUGCAAGCCCCUCUCGCCCCUGUACGAUGACCCUGCCACACCUCUGGAGGAGGGCCUAGUGAAUGCCAUGCCCUCCUCGCGCUCCUUCGUCGAGCAGCAGUGCCCUCCGCUCCUCCCCGCCUCCUUCCGCCUUUGCACCCCACCCCUGGGCCGCAGGAACAGGGCCGCCCAGUCCCAGGAGCCCGAGAGGAGCAGCUCCCAGUGGGGUGUGGAGCAGCACGGCCAGGAGCAGCGAGCCAAGGAGCAGCGUGCCCAGGCUGUGGCCAGGCUGAAGCUGCUGCCUGCUCCCAGCAUGCCAGCACAGCACAACCAUGUACCACAGAGAUCUUUCCCAGGCUUUGCUGCCGCCAAGACUCAGGCGAUCAACUACAGUUUGUCACCUGAUGAGAACUGCUACCUUGAGCCAGUGGAACCUGAUGACCAGGAAAUUGACUAUGACAACAUUUGGGAGUACGACUGCAAUAACGUGAUGACCCGAGGCCUGCAUGGAAUUUCACCACGCUGGCCGGAGCCUGACUUUGAUGCUCCAGGCCUGGGCUCUAUGAAAACAGCGCAGAGAUGGUCAUAAACCGGGCAGUGGGCUUCCACCUGUCUGGACUUGUGCACAUAGCAGGAUAAUCUGUUUUACUGUUCUCCCAAUCUCUCUCUCCCUCCCUCUCUCUCUUUCUCUUGUCUGCGCACACACACACACACACACACACACACACACGACCAUUGAGAGGGGAGUUUAUAUGGGGCCGAGCAUAUUUUAAUGAUCUCCUAGGGGACGUUUACAUGGGCUUACUAGGCACUCAGUUCCUUUUGCUGUAUGUGUUAGAAAUGUCAAUGACAUUUUUUAAAAUACUUGUUUUUGGUUUUGUUUCAUUUUAAUUAGGGUCAGUGGGUCAGUGAAUAUGGCAGAUAUUUAUGAGGAAAUAACUGAAGCCGAUACUCACAAAACCCGUCAGCAUUUCAGUACGUUACAGCCCUGUUCUUUUAUCCAGUCAUGAGAACAGUUACUCGAUUACAUUUUAAAGUAAUUUCUUACAUGUAGCCUUUGCCUGUGCCAUUUCUAAGAAUUUUAAGAAGCUGUUGAAGAAACCAGGACUGUUUUAAUAGACCUAGAACAGUUCUCUAGUUCGCUAACUAUGUACAUAAUGUAAAUGAUUGUUUUUUUUUAUAAAACAUGUCUUUUUGCACUGUUGCCUGUACUGUUACAUAAUUGAUAUUUUUUGAUUAUUUAUAUCUUGUCCCAGCACUACAUUUUUGUUGCCUAUUCAUUCACAUUUGAGUUUCAUUUGUUUACCAUUCCAGCAACAACACAACCAAGUCCGCGUGUUAUGUACAGUUUUCCACCAGACCUGCUUGUUCAUACGCAGGCUGUUUACAAUACUACAUAUGUACUUACAUAUCAGACUGCGCAGUAAUUCUAACUUCA